CAAAACUUAACCGACAUUUGAUCUGUCAACGUGCAACAGGAGCUCCAGCCGAAUAACUCCGCGGAACCUCCAAACAGUCAAGUACCGCGUAUCCUGUAUUUGUAUAUGGGAGUGAUAUUUCCAAACUCGAUCCUUCGAAAGUAGAUAUCGCGAUUUUUUGUGCAUUCCGGAAAGUGAGUUUUCCAUUCGGAUUUCCCACAGCGGCAGCCAGACGUGCCCCAUCCCGUGUCACGCCCCCAGCAUCACAAUGAACUCCCUUCACACCCAUCUCCUACUGCUGGCCGUAUGCUGCGUCGGCUACAUUGCCAGCUCCCCGGUAAUUGGCCAGGAUCAGCGUAGUCCUGUAGUCGGCGAUAGCGAUGCCGAUGUCCUGCUGGCCGCCGACGAGAUGGCUGAUAACGGAGGAGACAACAUCGACAAGCGAGUGGAGCGGUAUGCCUUCGGUUUGGGUCGUCGGGCCUAUAUGUACACCAACGGAGCACCGGGAAUGAAACGCCUUCCUGUCUAUAACUUUGGUCUGGGCAAGAGGUCUCGUCCCUACUCCUUUGGACUGGGCAAGCGCAGCGACUACGACUACGACCAGGACAAUGACAUCGACUACAGAGUGCCACCAGCAAACUAUUUGGCUGCCGAGCGUGGUAUGCGACCUGGCCGACAGAACAAGCGAACGACGCGUCCGCAACCCUUUAACUUUGGCCUGGGCCGACGUUAAGUCAACUCAUGGGUUUAGGGUUUAUAAUCCUCGUCGGAUGGCGCACUAAUCCAAAUCCAGCCGUGCGCCAUUUGUGAAAGGAUCUAAAGCUACCUAAAAUUAUCUAACAAGUACUUGGAAAAAGCUCUCAGACUCUUCUACAAACUUAAAUCACAUUCAGGAGCCAAUCUAAAUGUCUUUGAAUCCAGCCGAAUCCCUUGCACGCCCCUCGUCCCACAAAUAUUUAUAUUAAAUCGCUAGAUCCACAGUAUUUAUUUUUAGUUUUUAAAUCGAGACGUUUAACGGCAGCCACCAAUUAAAACCAAAUCUUAGGAGAGAAAAAUACAAAAAAAAAAGAAUGAAACUGGCGUGUGCAAUUAUCAAUGAAGAAAUACAUAUAAUGUUAUACGAAUCUAUUAUAUAUGCAUAUUCAAUCCAAUUUACCGUACUCCAUAUAUGUACAUUUUAAAGGGGCAUUAAUUAAUAUACACGCGGAUUUAAACUUAUAUACUUGGGGCAAUCUCUCUCAAAAGGAACGACACGAGUGGCAUUCGUUGUGGUCGCAAUCGGAGGAGCACGAAUAUUGGGUAAACUACUGCAUACUAAUAUCGAUGUAACUAAGUGUUUGACAAAGUGAUUACUAAUUUAACUAUAUAAUUACAAAUAUGUAAUUGUUUUGUGAAUACAUGCAUACCUACCCAAAUAAACAUAGGCGCAGCAAUACUGUGCAAGCAAAUCCA